UCGAAUGUCAAGCAAACUACUGGAUUUGUAUCAGCCACUGCUCGGUAGUGAUUGAGCUAAUUGCUAUUUUCUAUAAGCAGACAAUGCUAAAGUUUGAUCGAUUUUUGAUCCUCGAGCGGUGUUCAUCACCGGAUGAGAACAAACGUGGAAUUUUACAAUGAUGCUGCGAACGAAAGUGUUUAAUUUCGCUUGUUCGUAGUAGAUUUUCCGAUGCAGGACUACUAAGCGAUCUAAAAAACUGUGGCCAUUUUUGAAAAAUUACAGCUAUCCAGCUGUAUUUUGGAAAUAUGAAUUUGACAUACAUGGCAGGUGUGCACUACAGGACCCUCUAAUCGGUAAUCAAUAUCGGUACUUCAAAUUUGGUAUUGACGAGAUGAAAAAACUGAAGCUACUGGAUAAUCUGAAAAAACACGGUAUCACACCGCAUGCUUCCAUGAAAUAUGAUGCAAGCGAUUUUCAGAACGUACUGAAGAAAGAAUACGGUCACCAUGGUUUCUUAAAGUGCACCAACGUAAUCGGACAGAGUGGAGUGCGUCUCCUGGAAGAGUUUUUACCUCAGUCAUUCAGUGCUAUUGAAGCGAUAAUCAAUCAUAUUUGCAUCCAGUCAGCUGGAAAUAAUUCUGUUGAACUGAGCGUUUUAAAUCUGUUUAGCUGUUGUGCAGAAUGUGCUGGUGAUUAA